CCAUUGCACGGGCAUCGAGAGCGCAUUCGAUCGGCCAUCAUCAGAGCGGCGGUGGUUCGGACCCCGGCUGGAGGCCGCCCUCGCACCACUGGCUCGGCUUUUCCAGAAGGCGGGCCCGGUGCACCGCUUGCCUGUCUGCGCUUAGGCAGAAGACAGCGACAGGCUGCUCGGCAGCGAGUGCGCUCGAAGGGCCGAGGAUCCAGCGUGAACCACCAUGGAUGAGGAGCCAUCCAAAAAGGAAGAGGCCGCGCCCAGGACCGGGACGACGAAGCGGCAACCGCCUGCUGCCGACGACGAUGGGGGCAGUCCUUCUCAAGAGGCUCCCACUGCGAAGCGAGCGCGUGGAAGGCCCGCCAAGGACCCGCCGCCACCUAAAACGAGAACCCGGACAAAGAAGCCGGCAACGCCCACCACAAAUGAGGAGCCAACCAGUAAAGACGCGACCACGUCCAAGACCAGGACCAGGACGACGAAGCCGCAAUCUCCUGCUGCCGUCGAUGCCGGCAGUCCUUCUCAAGCGGCUCCCACUACUAAGCGAGCGCGUGGAAGGUCCGCCAAGGACCCGUCGUCACCUAAAACGAGAACCCGGACAAAGAAGCCGGCAACGCCCAUCAGGGAUGAGAAGUCAACCAGGAAAGAAGCGGCCCCGCCCAAGACCAGGACCAGGACGACGAAGCCCCAAUCGCCUGCUGCCGUCUAUGCCGGCAGUCCUUCCCAAGAGGCUCCUACUACCAAAAGAGCACGUCGAAGGCCCGCCAAGGACCCGCCGUCAUCUAAAACAAGAACCCGGUCAGCGAAGCCGGCAAUGCCGAAGCUCAUCGCCACCACGGCUACCGGAAAGGCGAGAAAGGCCGCUGAGGCACCGACACCCGACGCCGAUGCGAAUGUCGCGUCCACCAGCGAGGCACCCAAGUCCCAGAGGGUGAGCCAGAAGACACGAUCGAAGAGCUCCUCCUCGAGCGAUGGUCCCCCUGCCGGCGCCACGGCUCAGAAGCGUCGGCACCGCUCGCGGAGUCGCUCCCAUGGCGGCAGCAGUCAUUACGCCAAGAGGCGCAGGAGCAAAAGCAGCCGUCGUGGAGGGUCCACCACCACCUCGCAGAGCAGCCGCGGAACAAAGCGGGGCCGCAGGAAGAGCCGCCGCCGCCAUUCCAAGAGCAGCACCUCUGCAGCUAGCGUGAGUACCAGGAGUGGUGGUAGACGGCGCCGCCGCGCCCGUAGUACGCGUUCGUCCACAAGCGGCGGAGGAAAGCGGGGCAACUCGAGGAAGGCAGUGAGCAGCUCGUCGUCGAGACCUCGCCGGGCCAAGGGGACUGCUGACAAGGCUACCAAAGCAGGCAAGCGCAAGUAACAAGGUCCCAGUGACUGGGAAAGCAAGUGAGCCCAACCCAGAGAAAAUCUACACUUGGCCUCAGCCUUGGCCUGCCAUUGAAGAUCGAAGAAUGAAUGGGGACAUGCGCUCAAUGAAUAAAACUUCGUCCGCGCGCCAGGACGACAAUGCCAAUUAAA